UCUAUUGCUGACUGUAAGUUCGAAAUCUACUUCCAAUUGAGUUUAUUGCUGACUGUGAGUUCGAAAGUGUCUAUUGCUGACUCUGUUUUGGGUGGCUCUCUGUUUCCAAUUGAGUUUUUUCCUGACUGUGAGUCCGAAAGUAUCACCGCUUUGGUAAAUGCUGACUGCAACAUAAUUGGCAAGUGCUCUCCUGAUGGUCUCUCUUUCUCCUUCAAAAGCGGAUCUAUUGUGUCCCGCUACUCUAUUCCUUCGAAAGCGGAUCUAUUGUGUCCCACUGUCUAUUUCUCCUUCAAAAGCGGAUCUAUUAUGUCCCGCUGUCCAAAGCGGAUCUAUUAUGUCCCGCUGCUGCGUAGAAAGAGCGCGGACCUAUUAUGUCCCGCUGCUGCGUAG